AUGACAGAAAACGGCGAAAGACCCUCAGCUGAAGAUCGUUCUUCGAUCUACGAGGACGCUUCGACGCUUCUCAUGCUCUCCAGGGGCAAGGAUGACGGUGCGCCCAUCAUCAACACUGGUUUUCAAAAUACCGGUAGCACGCCCAGUGCGCCACAUUCUCGGACCGGAUCUCAUUCCAAUUCGGAGCCUCGAUCCCCCAUAGCCAAGGAAACUCGGUCUGACUCGCUCAAGCAAGAUUCUAGCCUUGGUAUAUCACCUGUGUCGGCCUCGGCUAUACUGCCGUCCAAUCCAGAUGGCAGUAUAACAAGCCAAAAACGUGACAAACCGUCAAGUCCGUCUUCUCGUUCUAAUUCAAGUAAGGGCAUGGUUGCAGCUGCCGCACUGGCAGCCGCAGCUACAGUACCUUUGCCUCUCAGGAGACAAGAUCAAGAACGGCGGGCAUCGAAACCUCGCCGCAACACAAAUGAAGAAUCGACCGAGCAGAAAGAUGCAUUGAGUUGGCCAGUACCAUCUUCAUAUGUAGUAGAUCCUGAUGCUGGUACAAUAACCUGUAUCUGUGGCUUUGAUGAUGAUGACGGUUUUACCAUUCAAUGCGAUCACUGUAACAGAUGGCAGCAUGCCAUAUGCUUUGGAAUUCGCGACAUUGAGACAGCACCCGAUGACCACUUGUGUAGUACAUGUCAGCCCAGGAAGGUUGACGUUAAGAGAGCCAAAAAGAGACAACAGGAGCGGCUGAACCCCAAAAACACAAAAAGAAGGCGAAAGAGUAAUCAAGAAGAAGACCAAACCGGCAAAAAUACAACCUCCGAUUCAGUCGAUUCAGCAAAUACGUCUACGAAUAACUCCAGCAAUCAUGAACUCGGCGCUGUUCCGGAAAUUAAGGCCAUGGAUAAGUUGUUGACUGCCAUGGAGCACUACUCUGUUGUUUACGUGCCACUCUCGUCUAAUGAUUACAAGGACAGGUAUGUCCAGAUGUUCUUAGAAAAGCACUGUGACGACGAUUGGGUCAUUCCAUACACUUAUAGCACCUUCCAACCUAUUUCUUUGGAGGUGAGAUCAUAUGCUGAGAACGCUCGCACGUUUUCAGGGUUACCGAAAUUAGGUUUGUUCACUCAACAGGAUUGCCCCUCCGGUACCUUCCUAGAGGAACUUUUGGGAGAAGUCGAUUUCAGUAAAAAGUAUUUUGAGGAUUCUAGAAACAACUACAGAGUUUAUGGGACGACUAAGCCCAAAGUGCUAAUGCACCCUCAUUGGCCUAUCUGCAUCGAUUCAAGACUCAGUGGGAAUCUUACAAGAUUUUUGAGAAGAAGCUGUAAGCCAAAUGUGGAAUUAGUGUCCAUCCGCUUAAAUAAUGACACUCCCAAUGUCAAGUUUGUCCUGCGAGCUUUGAGAGAUCUUGAAGAUGGAGAAGAGUUGCACAUUGGAUGGCAGUGGGAUCUGCGACACCCCAUCUGGCAGCUCAUUAAGGGUGAGAACAAAACCGUUGAUUCGCUAGACGAUCAAAACAAAUUCACGUUGGUGCAUUCCAUCGACACGAUUUUAGGCUCCACUGAUUGCGCCUGCGGGAAUAACAAUCGGGAUUGUUACUUGCUUAAGGUAAAGAAAUUUUCGCAGUCAUUGGUUAAGUCUGUCAAGUCGAAAAUGAAUAGUCGCUACAAACUCGGGGAGAUUCUUCAGGCAGCUAAAGAGGGAACUAACAAAGUACAAACGCCCAUAUUAUCGAGGCUCGCACACGAAGCAAUUAGUAAUGCCGAAAGAGCCAAUGAGAUCCUGGUCGAUUUUCAUGCUGCGAAGCUCAAGUACCUGAAAGAAGAAGGUGUGUUAAAUGGCAGAAGUGAUUCGAGGUCUAAAAUAGAUACUGUGGUCAGUGGCAAGCCUUUCAAAUUUUAUUUGAUCGACAAACAUUUCGCCCUUACUCGCAAAGGCGACGCAAAAAGUUCAGAACGCAGACCAAUUGAGCACGCUGGUCAUCUCAACGCUCUGCAAUUCGAUGAGUCCCACAUAUCGGAUCUGAACGCACUACCAAUACCUAUCGAACUUCAGGUUCCACACAUACCUUCGAUUAUCAAUAAUUCCGCAAUUUCGAAUGGAAGUGCCCCGCAAGAUGUCUUGCUUGAACCUACUGCAAAUCCGUUGCCUGCCUCGAUUGCAGUUCCUCAGCCGGCAGUGUCAACCACGAUACCAAUCCUGGACUCUCAUCAACAGUUGAAAAAGAAAUUAAGUUUCGCCGACUACAAGAAGAAGAUGAAACCUAUAUGA